AGACAAUGUGGAUCAUAUGAAAAAGAAACCGCAGCUGCGCGGCCACAGUUCUGACGACUUCCUUCGCUUCGUCGAGUUGGAAGUGCCUGCAGAGGUUUUACUUCGAGACUCUGAAGAUUCUUGUGAGCAGCACAGCUCGUUCAAUGUCUCGGAACAGGAGGCAACGGAUAGUCAUAGUUCCACCGCUGUACCACGGGCACCACCCUCGUCUUGCACCUGUUGCGCGCCUUCACUUCCUGAUGCCAGUUGUAUGGAGAUGAGAAACACGUCCUCGGAUAAAAUUAAAAGGCAACAUCACAAGAAGUCGUGCAGGCUGCUUCUACCCUGGGCCUCUACAGCACAUGACUACGACUUCGAUGUUGACAGAGAGCCGCAUGAAGAGCGAGGCGCCGACUUCACGGAAAGUGCUCGCUCUGGUGUCUACGCGCGCCGCGGUUCCACUACUACAGACGGCCACCACGGUACGAAUACCGCUGAUGAGCAACCACGCGGCGGCGACCGAGACAGAAAAGAAGAGGAAGAAUGUUUCCUCGCUCACUUUAUGAUACCGGAUUAUGAAGACUCCGGGUCCGGCUCCGACGUGGAUGAAGAUGAUUCUAGUACCGAAAAGAUCAUCAACAGCUGCCAUAGGGGGCGAGACGAAAAAAGAGCGCUAGUUUUAGAAGAACGGGGCUGUCGUAAUCGUAUAGAUGAACCUACAGCAAAUAAUCCAUUGGAAAACGCCGGGUGCGCAACCGCAAGACGAACAGGACAGGAGGUGAAAAAAUAUCUACUCACGGGGAUUGCGACCUCUGCAGGGAGGUCCACCCCUCGGCUAAUGAGAAGCGGAAGCAGUAGUAGGUCUCCUGGUAAAAAUGAAAAUACAAAUAGAUCUUCAGCGUCCGGGUCGGGCAAUAAAGAAGUUGUCAAGAAAGCCGGGUUGCAGAAAUGCAAACUGUGUCGCGAAAUUGGCGAGUGCCGCGCGUGGCACGGGACCAAAUUUAGUUCGGCGCGGGACAUCUGGAGCGAGGGCUUCAAUACGUCCCACUCCGGUCGGAACCGCGGGAAUCUCUUUGGCGACGGAGUUUACCAAAGUCCACACGUGUGCAAGGCCAUGCAGUACGCAAAAGAGAACAUCGCGGGAGAGCGUUACGUGAUCUGCAGCCGGUGUCUGAUCGGGAACAACGUUUUGGUCACCGCCCAGCGCUUCGACGAUAAACAGCGGCAGGAGUUGUUUAGCGGACGUGAGAAAAAUCAUGCCGGACCAGGCCCUAGUACCGCUGGCUCUGGCGGCAGCUCCAGCUGCCAACUCUACAGCGACCUUGACUCCGUGCUUGCGGUUCCCGCGUCCGAAGUGCCAGAGGAUAUCUUGCGCAAGGAGCGGUAUCAGGAAGAAAGAAGGUUCGGUUUCUGGGGCAGGGUACUGGGUUGUGAAAGCGCGAGUAGUUGUGCUGCUAGUAGUGGAGGUGCGCCAUCGGGUUUUUCUCCGCCUGCAGAGCUGCUGGAACGAUAUCACGUGUGUGAAGAAGACUUCCAAGAGUACAUAUUUUCAUUGAAAAGCCCUCAAGGCUCCUCUCAGAGUGUAGUCCGCCUCGCCCCCCAGGACGACAGCAUCAUCAACGUGGUCGACCACAGUCUUGGCGUAGUACACCAGAACGAGAGCCACCCCUUUAUCAACACCUCCGUCCAAGCCAUAAACCGCCUCCCGUACGGACUAGACGCGCACUCCGACUUUUCCACCGACUUCAUAACCCGCUACUCGCGGACCGACGUGGAGCGACUGGAAAAUGCCGGAGCAGUGAAGACCCCACUGUUUGCAAGGACGCAAAAAUUCGUGCGCCCGCCGGCGAGAAGAGGCUCUGGCGCGGAGGAGACGGACUUCAGAUCCGUCAACCACGAGGAGCACCGCUGCACCAGUGCGCACCAAAUGCUGCCUGAGUACUUGCUGCAGUUAACCCGUGUGUACGAGUAUGAAUAGUUGUUGUGGUGCUGCAUAAUGAUAAUGAAUAUGCAGUACAAGCAAAAUUAUUUCCCGCACUUAGAUUGUGCAUGGGGAUCGGAUGGAACAAAUCUGAAGCACGGGUGUGCACCACGUGUCUAUGCACGCAUAGGGGAAAAAAGAAAGAAUAUGAAAGAGAGAAAAAAUAUUUCGUCGUGCAAGCUGUGUGCUGUCACGGCGUGUAAAGAUUUUCUUCCCAAAAACUACGAUAAAAGAG